AUGCCAAAGCGAACCCACAGCGAGUCGGCAACCCCGUUGGCGCCCACAAUAAUACCAACGACUACCCCCGAACACGUCUCAAAACGCAUCAAACCCUCCGCCGCCGUCACCCCAUCACCCCAAAUCCCCCCCUGGACCAUCUUCACAAAAUGGACCUCCUCCGCCAUCGUCAAAGCCCACCCGCCCCUGCCACCGGUCCUCGACAGCGCGCUCGAAACGGCAGCGCUCACGCACUCGGGGAUGCGCAAGAACCUGUCGGACCCGAGCUACGAGCAGCUGGAGUGGAUCGGCGACGUGUACCUGGAGCUGAUCGCGUCGGAGCUCAUCUCGCAAACCUUCCCCACGCUAGACCCGGGCCGCUCGUCGCACUACCGCGAGAUGCUGGUGCGGAAUAGUACCCUGGGCCAGUUCGCGGUGCACUACGGCCUGGACAAGCGCGCCAACUUCCCCGCCGAGUUCGGCCUCGGGGGCCGCCCCAACGGCACCAAGGCGAGCGAGAAGCAGCGCGCCAAAGCGCUGGGCGAUAUUUUUGAGGCUUAUGUCGGUGCCAUUGUGCGGUCGGACCCGGAGAAUGGGAUGCGCCGCGCCGCUGAGUGGUUGAAGAUGCUGUGGGGCCCCGUGCUGGAGAGGCAGAUUCGUGAAGAGGAGAGCGGGUCGCGGGUGAAGGAUCGGGAUCUUAAUCCGAAGACGCAGCUGGAGCAGAUGAUCGGGGGUCCUGGCGUGAGGAUCGAGUAUAAGGACUUGCCAUCUGGGGGGAAGAAGGACAGAGACACGAACCAGGAGUUGUUCUUUGUGGGGUGUUUCUUGACGGGCUGGGGGGAGACGUCCUUGCAACUAGGGUAUGGCGGUGCGCUUGGGAAAAAGGAGGCGGGCCAGAAGGCUGCGGUCAAGGCGAUGGAGAAUGCGAAGUUGAUGAAGAAGUUUAGUGAAAAAAGGAAGGCCCUCGUGGCUGCUAGGGCGGCGCAAGCUGAAAAGGCGUCAUAG